GAGCUGCAUCAAUGCUCAUCAAAGCCUUCAUUUUGGCAUUUCUUCACACAUUUGUACCAUGUUCUAGUGCAAAUGUUAAAAUUGGUGUUCCUGAAAAUUAUGAUGGUAUUUUCCCAUGGUAUCUAGCAAAGCUCCACGGCCUGCCAAGUAAUUACACUGACCUGCUGUUAACAGGAGACGAUGAAGGGAUUUUUGGGGUUGAUGCUCAGUUUCUGUAUGCUAUAAAACCACUGGACAGAGAGAAACAGCCAUCUUACUCUCUGCAGGUGUCCUUCAGACCUUCAGGUGUCCUUCCAAACAUCAGAACUUCAGCACAUCGACAGAGCUUCACUGUUGAAGUGUGUGUCAUCGACAAGAAUGACAAUGUACCUACAUUCAUAGAGGAGAGCAUGAGAGGCAGUGUGCAACUCGGGCUUCUCAAAGGCAUCCCAUUUAUGCAAGUAGAGGCGCUGGAUCGUGAUGACCGUGACACUGCCCACGCUGAGCUGCGGUUCAGCCUGAUGGAGCAGACACCCAGGAUUCCCUCCAGCCAGAUGUUCUUUAUUGACUCCAUCACUGGAGAAGUUUCCCUCACUGAAGAAGGAGCUUCUACUCUAGACCCUGAGAUGUGUGGCCGUUACAAGCUCUUGGUGAUGGUGAAGGACAUGGCUGGGAAGGUGAAUGCUUUCUUCACCACGGGCAUCGUUACUGUUGAGGUGACUGGAAACACCUGGGCAUCGCCUGAUCCUGUGCGACUUCAGGAGAACCUCCCAGGCCCUUAUCCCAUACCCAUAUCGCAGGUCAAAUGGAGUGGAAGCCAGGCAGAGUACAGUCUGGAUGGAGAAUUUCCAGAGAUGCUCUUCACCAUCAGCCGAGAAGGAGUCAUUUAUCUUAACGCUCCUCUGGACAGAGAAACACAAGACCAGUUCCAAAUCAGCAUUGUGGUUGAGCGUCCAGAUGGCAGAGAAAUUGCAAAGCCUGUGGAGUUGAGGGUGAUGGUGGGCGAUGCCAAUGAUAACAGACCCACCUUUCCACAGGCACAGUACCACACCGUAGUCAAGGAACUGGCUCCUCGGGGAACAGAAAUCCUGACAGUGCAGGCAGCUGAUAAUGAUGAUCCCAAAACAGACAAUGUACGGAUCUUCUACCGUUUAGUCGGGCAGAUUCCAGAGAGUCCUCGUGCCCUUUUCCGAGUGGACCGGGACUCGGGUGUCAUCUCUGUCCAGGCAGACAGUAUGGAGGGUACAGCACCACAGUACACCCUGACCAUCACUGCUGAGGAUGCCAAAGGUUUAAACAGUUCCUGCACUGUGGUUGUGACUGUGCAGGAUGAAAACAACAACCCACCAGUCUUCUCCCAACAUGAGUACGGACCCUUUCACAUUCCAGAGGAUGCACCAAUGGGCACCACAGUGACAGCUGUGCUGGCAAGGGAUGCAGAUGUUCGAGGUGGAGACAGCUGGCAGGUGGACUACCGUUUGGAGUCUGGAAACGAGGAGGAGGUCUUUACAUUAGUGACAGACAAGCAGACUAAUGAAGUCUCGCUUGUGCUCUCGAAGGUGUUGGACUUUGAGCGGGAGAGUGAGUACAUCCUGGUUCUCAGUGCCCAGAAUCCAGUUGCUUUGGUCCAUGGCCGGUACGGCCCAGCAUCCACAGCAACUGUUUCCAUUUAUGUUGAUGAUGUGAAUGAGGGUCCAAUUCUGUCUCAAAGCCAUUAUGAGGUGACCGUCAGAGAGGGGGAAGAACCAGGCAGAGUCAUUGCCACCAUCCGAGGUUAUGACCCUGAUUCUCAUCCAAUAAGGUAUUCUCUUCAAGGGGACACCAAGAAAUACUUCUCAAUUGGGAAAUAUUCUGGUGAACUAAAAACUGUUCAGGCUUUGGACAGAGAGGAAAACAGCACAUACACCAUGGAGGUCAUUGCAGUGGAUGGACGAAACUCCUCCCUAUCUGCAUCUACCCUGGUGACUGUCCAUAUCCUGGAUGUGAACGAUAACAGUCCUGUGCUGGUUGGAGACUAUUCCUGGAAGUACCUAUGCACGCCUCGCUGGGAGGACCAAGCUCUGGUUCUGGCUUCACGAGACAGCGAUGGACCGCAGCAUGGAGGCAGACUUAAUUUCUCCCUCCGCAGUGAUACCAUAGUUCGGCGUAACUGGAAACUAACACCUAUUAAUGAUACUCACACCAACCUGUCAUUAAACAUCCCAUACCUGGCCCCUGAGGUCUACACUGUGCCUUUCACCAUCUCUGACAGCAGCUCUCCACCCAGGAGCACCUUAAUAAACUUGCCAGUGACAGUUUGUCCCUGUAAUGUCAGAGGGAACUGCAAAAUGCCAGCAAAGCCACUGCAGGGAAUGCCAACUAUACAGUCUGCUGUAGGAAUUCUGCUUGGCACCUUUGCAGUCAUAGGAACCAUCCUCAUUGUUGUAUUUGUCAGGCUGUCAUACCAGAACCCCAAACAGCCGAGCAGAACUAACCAGGAGUGGGUCCCUCUGAAGAUUUCAGUCUGA